AUGUCCGAGCUCUUUGGUGGAUGGGGGCAUAAGCUUGUCGAUGGAAUACAGAAAGUGGCAAACAAGACGGAGAACAGAUUGCAGAAAGUAGCGAAUAAGACAGAAGACCUGGCCAAGCAAGUCAACCGUUCUGUGAACCCGCUGUCAAGCCACUUCAGGGAGAAUGAGAGGAGGAGCGAGUCACGAUACGAGCAAGAGGAAGCCGGAGCUGACCUAGAAGCAGCAGCAGCAGCAGCAGCAGCAGCAGCAGCAACAACAACAGCCGAAAGACAAUCGACCAAGAGCAUAUCAUCGCUGGAUUCUGCAUCCACUUCAAGGGAAUUCACUCCCUCAAGGAUCUCUCUUGACCUGCAUGAGAACGCAGAUGAGAGCAUGUCGACAAAGAGAGCUUUCAGAAUGGCUCAAGACAUCUAUACUGCGAUCAAGGAGGAGACGGAAGCUCUGCGAGCAGAAAAGGAAGAGUACAGGGCUGUUCUGGAGAAAAUGAGGAGGUGUCGACAGGAGCAAGAGGCCACGUAUGCGGUUGCAGAGGCGAUGAUGGAGAGAGAGAGGAAGGAGCUUGAGGAGUUGGUAGAGAAACUGGAGAACGAAAGCUCCGAGGUCCUUGUUAGAAUGUGA